GUGAAUUUUGCAGGAGAAGUGACGUCGGCAAUGACGUGUGGAAGAACAAACUAAAUUAAAAGCAUAUAGUAUCCCUUAAGCGACUUCGCUGCAAAACCUCUCGUCUCGUCUUUUCUAUAUAAAGUAAAUUUAGUACCAAAAAUUCUCGAUUCCUUGAUUCGUGGGAAAAGUCUAGAUUUUGAUUUUGUUCGGUGAUUGAAUGAACUCGAGUCGUUUUGCGUCAAGACUAAGAAUGGCUGAAGAAAUAUCAAAGAAGGUGGGAUCGUCUUCUACUGCUUCGGUGGCUGAUUCAUCUGCUGCUACGUCGGCUGCAACAAAUGCGGCGAAAUCAAGAUGGAAAAUUUUGUGGCCUAAUUCGCUCCGGUGGAUUCCUACGUCCACCGAUUAUAUCAUCGCCGCCGAGAAACGUCUUCUCUCCAUCCUCAAGACGCCUUAUGUACAAGAACAAGUCAAUAUUGGUUCAGGACCACCAGGUUCCAAAAUCAGGUGGUUUAGGUCUACGAGCAAUGAGUCACGUUACAUCAAUACUGUUACCUUUGAUGCCAAGGAGGGUGCUCCUACACUCGUGAUGGUUCAUGGAUAUGGUGCUUCUCAAGGUUUUUUCUUCCGUAAUUUCGAUGCUCUUGCCAGUCGGUUUAGGGUGAUUGCUAUUGAUCAACUUGGGUGGGGUGGAUCAAGUAGGCCUGAUUUUACAUGUAGAAGCACAGAAGAAACUGAGGCAUGGUUUAUCGACUCCUUUGAGGAAUGGCGUAAAACCCAGAAUCUCAGUAACUUUAUUCUAUUAGGACAUUCUUUUGGAGGCUAUGUUGCUGCUAAAUACGCGCUUAAGCAUCCUGAACAUGUUCAACACUUAAUUCUGGUGGGAUCUGCUGGGUUCUCAGCAGAAGCAGAUGCCAAAUCGGAAUGGCUCACUAAAUUUAGAGCAACAUGGAAAGGUGCAGUCCUAAACCAUUUAUGGGAGUCGAAUUUCACUCCUCAGAAGCUGAUUAGAGGAUUAGGUCCAUGGGGUCCAGGUCUUGUAAAUCGGUAUACAACUGCAAGAUUUGGUGCACAUUCGGAGGGAACUGUGCUAACAGAAGAGGAAGCCAAAUUGCUAACCGAUUAUGUGUACCAUACUUUGGCUGCAAAGGCUAGUGGAGAAUUGUGCUUGAAAUACAUCUUCUCCUUUGGAGCAUUUGCUCGGAAGCCCCUCUUACAAAGUGCAUCAGAGUGGAAAGUGCCAACAACGUUUAUCUAUGGAAUGAAUGAUUGGAUGAACUAUCAAGGUGCGGUGGAAGCAAGGAAAUCCAUGAAGGUCCCUUGCGAAAUCAUUCGGGUUCCACAGGGUGGUCAUUUUGUGUUCAUAGACAACCCAAGUGGCUUUCAUUCUGCAGUGCUUUAUGCUUGCCGUAAGUUUAUAUCCCAAGACUCGUCUCAUGAUCAACAACUCCCAGAUGGUUUACGUUUGGUUUAGUUAUAGUAUCUUGUUCUUUUACCUUUAAAAUUUAUUUUUAUAUGUAUAAAAAGUAUAUAUAAAAAAAACAUCAAAGAGAAGGAUUUUUAUUUUAUUUUACUAUUUGGUUGUGGUUUGGAGUAUCAAUUCUAUUUGUAACGUUCUUGAUUUCUCUCUAAAACCUAUCAAGUGUUCCAGUAUCCAAUUGUAAUCUUUCAUAAUCCAAAAUAAUUCCUCAGA